AUGGCAGACACAUUUGACACAACGAGCCAAGAGAUCGCGGCGAGUCGAGAGAACGCUGCGACCCAAGAGAACGCUGCGACCCAAGAGAACGCUGCGACCCAAGAGAACGCUGCGACCCAAGAGAACACAACAAGCCAAGAGAACGCAACAAGCCAAGAGAGCGCAACAAAGCAAGCAGACGCCACUAACCGAGCAGACCCAAACCAGGACAACAUACUUGUUACCCUGGCAGACGAGCUUAAGCUCCGCAUCCUAUACCGCCUAUCGACGCGCGAUGCCUUGAGGCUUUGCAAUACAUGCAAUAGCAUGUUAAACCUUGCUCAGGAGGUUGCGAUCAGGGACCUGCGAUCCGGCGACUACGAGUCCUUCUACUUCGCAUUGAAAUCCGGCUGUCUCGAGAUGGCAAAGUUCUGUCUUGAGCACGGGGCGUCAGCAGUCAGGGGUCGCCUGUCGUUUCCCAUCGUCAAACUCCUCGUCGAGGCAGGGGGCCAGUACAAUUCUGACACCCUGGCCAGCGUCCUCCACUACGGCUGGAACCACGGGGUGCCGACCUUCUUCGACGUCCCCAUCAUCGCUCUCGGCCCCAUACCCGAAGGCCACGUCUUGGAGAGCAUCAAGAUCGCCAAAUACCUCAUCGAGAUGGAUGUCACCCUCGAGGUCAUGAUCCCGGACAUGCAAAUCCAGGCCGCCAACCCCUUGCUCGCGAGCUUGGUGGCAAAUAUGAAUCUUGGAGGCAACUGGUUCUCAAUCCACUCCUUGCAACAGUUUCCGGGACUGACCCAGGCGAUGCACAAUCACCCGUUUGUGCACGCCCUUAUACUGCACGACCUCAACCUAGCGGACGAAGCCAUCCGGAACAUUGCACCUCUCGUCACGGAGAGCACGCUGCCGCACAGCAGCCAGGGGCUCGUGGACCUGCUCCUCAACAGCAUCCAAGAGUGCGACCGCAACCAGUGGCUGUUCGAGAUCAUCAAGGCCUGCGCGGCGCACGGCAUCAGCGACGUCGUCUUCGAGCGCUAUUACAGCUGCACGGAGCGCAUGCUUGCCCUCGGCGCAGACCCCAUCUACACGGGCCCCAUUGGCUGGCCCAGCCUGAGCACCUACGAAAGGAUGGUGGCGACGGUGUUCAGGGGCGGCCUCUUCAAGAAGACCAGGAUGCUCUCCCUGCUGGCCAACGCCUGGGAUUCCGAUGGCUCGCCCUCGGCUUCGUCAAUGACUGAGUCUAGGGCAAACGAGGCUGUACCUAAGUUAGAUCUUGGGGAGUCUGUCUCGCCCUCGCAAGAGGGGUAG